AUGAGCUUUGGGAAGACCAACUACCGCGUCGGCGGAACCCGCGGUGGCCAAGACCAGUUCAAGUGGGACGACGUCAAGAACGACAAGUACCGUGAGAACUACCUUGGCCACUCGCUCCAGGCGCCCGUCGGCCGCUGGGCCAAAGGCAAGGACCUCACGUGGUAUGCCAAGACCAAGGCGGAGCAGAGCGCGGCGCUGGCAGACGAAAUCGCGCUGGCCCGACAGCGCGACGAGGACCUCAUGAACGAAGCCCUUGGUAUUGCGCCAAAGCAGCGCCGCCAAGUCGGAGGUCUUGAUGCGAACGAGAUGAAGGAGCUCCUUCGCCGUGGUGUGACGGAGCGGGGCGACGCCGAUGCCGAGCGCGUCCAAGGCGUGGGCGCUGCCCACUUUGUCACGGGGUACGAAGACCCCAACUACCGCAAGACGACCAUGGCCGAGCGGAAGACUUGA